CUGAGCUGAGCAGAGCAAAACAGGACUUGGGGAACCAUAAUGUCAACCUCUCUACCUGCAGACGUGGUGGUGGAAAUCCUCUCGAGGUUGCCACCAAAAUCCCUGCUCCGAUUCAGGUGCGUCUCCAAGACCUGGCUUGCUCUUAUCGGAAGCCAUGAUUUCUUCUCUAGAAACCUCCUCAACGACUCUAUUCUCACCCCCCAAAACUCCAGUCAACCUCUUCCUCUCAUCCUCGUCAAAGCCACGGACAAAUCCGACGCCGAGAAGCUUGUGUUCUACUCCCUCUCUUACGACACCCUCGACUGUGUUUCUCAGAUCCCCAUGAAUCUCCCUCCAGGACCCGUUGAUUUCCUCAUAAGACCAAAUUUUUACCUCAAGCUCGUCGGUUCCUGUAAUGGGUUGCUAUGCCUCUACAAUUUCCGAUCCAGAGACGUCUAUCUCUGGAAACCCACCACACCAUCUGCAGAAUUCAAGGCUAUCCCGCCCUUGUCUCCUCAUCCGUUCAGCGUGGGGUUCGGGUUUGACCCUAAGUCCGGCGACUUCAAGGUGGUUAGCCUUCGUUACGUAGCGGACGGCACCGAAACUUCAACGCUGGCAGCGGAGGUGUACAGUAUGAGCCGUGGAUCUUGGAAACGGCUUGACCUACGCGUGCCGUAUGGUAUUUUUGCCCACUCGCAGACCCUGGCUUUGGGUGGGGUUUUCUUGUGGUUGGCAGAGCAAAAUAACGGCCAGAUUAUUUCUUUCGAUUUCAGUGACGAGGUGUUCCGUACGACGACGCUUCCGUACACUAGAGAUGCAUUGGGUUCUUAUCACCAAUUGAUGGAGCUAAACGGGUAUGUUGCAAUGGCCCUUUUUCCUCUGUCUUUUACGAAUAUAAAGAUGUCUUUGGAGAUAUGGGUUUUGCUCGAAUUUGGUGUUAAGGAGUCUUGGAUUAGAUUUGUCAGCAUUGAGCCUCCCAUGGAUUUGGAAAGGCGAUUGGGUUUUUGGAAGAACGGGAAGUUGUUCAUGGAGAAUAGUGAGGGGCAGUUGGUGUUGUAUGAUCCUUUUACACAGACAAAGAAGAAUCUUCAGAUUGAAGGGCUUAAGGAAUCGUUUGAAGUUGUACUCUACACGCAGAGUUCUUCAGUUGCCAUCAAUGGAGGGGUGGAUAAUCUAUGAGAGCAGAGCAGAGCAGAGG